GAUCCCGGCCCCUCACCCCCGUCCCCUAUUCUGGGCCACAAACCUCUGCAGCUCAUCGAGAUGAAAGCCAGGGGGCGCUUUGGCUGCGUGUGGAAAGCCCAGCUGUUGAAUGAAUAUGUGGCUGUGAAGAUUUUCCCUAUUCAGGACAAGCUGUCCUGGCAGAACGAGUAUGAGAUUUACAGCUCGAGCGGCAUGAAGCACGACAACGUCCUCCAGUUUCUGGGCGUGGAGAAGAGGAGCAACAACCUUGACCUGGAGCUGUGGCUCAUCACCGCCUAUCACGACAAGGGCUCCCUGACUGACUACCUGAAGGCCAACGUGGUGUCCUGGAACGAGCUGUGCCACAUCGCUCAGUCGGCGGCCCGUGGCCUGGCCUACCUGCACGAAGACAUCCCGGGACACAGAGAUGGCCACAAGCCCUCCAUCGCUCACAGGGAUAUCAAGAGUAAAAACUUACUGCUGAAGAACAACCUGACGGCCUGCGUUGCUGACUUUGGGCUUGCACUGAAGUUUGAGGCUGGAAAAUCAGCAGGGGACACACACGGACAGGUGGGAACCCGACGUUACAUGGCUCCAGAGGUUCUGGAAGGUGCCAUCAACUUCCAGCGCGACUCCUUCCUGCGUAUCGACAUGUACGCCUUCGGACUCGUCCUGUGGGAGCUCGCGUCACGCUGCACUGCCGCCGACGGCCCUGUAGACGAGUACAUGCUGCCCUUCGAGGAGGAGGUGGGUCAGCACCCGUCUCUGGAGGACAUGCAGGAAGUGGUCGUCCACAAGAAGCUGCGGCCCUGCCUACGGGACUGCUGGCAGAAACACACGGGUCUGGCCAUGCUCUGUGAAACCAUUGAGGACUGCUGGGACCACGAGGCCGAGGCCCGCCUGUCAGCCGGCUGCGUGGAGGAGCGCAUCGGCCAAAUGCAGCGCCAGGCCCCCAUCAUCGGCCCCGAGGAGAUUGUCACCGUGGUCACCAUGGUGACAAACGUGGACCUCCCGCCGAAGGAGUCCAGCUUAUGAUCAGCCCACCGACCAACGAUCGGGACGAGCUGCCGGAUAUCUACUGGAGAGGAUCAGACGGCCGGCCCUGGCUGGUCGGCUUUUUAUUUUUCCUUACGUUUCGUCUUCUCUUCUGGGUUCCUUUAAGUGCGGGCCGCUACUUCAGGAAACAGCCUGCGCCCACCUCACCCACAUUUGUCGGGAUCCGCCUCAUUUUUGAUACGCGUGCCUGAGGAUUUUAACUUUCCGUUUUCUUUUCCUCCUCCUUCUCUCUUUCAAGCGGACGAUUCAGGAUACGCUGGACAAACAGUUUGAUUACCUGUUGAUUUUAUAAAACACUCAUUGGAUUUCUUUCAAAGGAUCUAGCAGAGCGAUUUCUCCGUUCAUUUUAAUGUAAAAAACCGGAGAGAGAGAGAGAGAGAAAAGACGAAGACUCGUCUCCUAAAACAUUUAUUGUUUCCUUGUGAGCGUUCCUUUGAAGAAUCGACUAUCGUCUGCCAAUAAGCAACAGCUUCUGAAUGUUUAUAGUGUAAUGCUGCUGUACAUAGUGUAUCAUGAACUUGGUAAUCGGUUCAUUUUAAUUUUUUUUUUGUGGGGGGAGGGGGGUUGCCCAUUUUCAAGCAUUACGACAAUAGAAACCAUAAACCUCCUUCAACCAGGUAUACCUCAGUUUAAAUUAGUCCCUCUCCCUGCUCACAGUCCUCGCCCUCAUCAGACGACGACCUGCUGUCGGACACCACGCUCAUGGUUCAAAACAUGGCUUUCCUCCCCUUCACCCAUGUAGCUUCUCCUCCUUUUUGAUUUUAGCUCUUGAUCGAUUGAUGAAGUUGUCAUUUAACGUGUUUUUCUUCUUUUUUUUUUUUUUUUUUCUUUUUUUCCUAUUUGCUCUUUCAGCUGCUGAUGAGUUUAAUUAACAGAACUGGAAACCAUUAACUGAUUUUAAUAUUUGGUAUCACAACUGAGAUGUCAAACUCUUGGAGCGUGCUUUUAUUGUGAAAGGCAGAGCGACAAUUCGCCCAGUAUUUUACCGUUUCAUUGGAGGCAUCAGAUUCGAAGCCCUUUGUGUAUUUAGCUGAGCCAGCUUAGUUUGGAUUUAAUUGCACACAUCUUUAUUUUCCUGUAUUUUUAGUACUGUCACAAGUUUCUGCUCUCUUUUUGAUACACCUCAGGAAUCUUUGCUACCCACCUCUUCAUCCUCACCUGUCUGGACCUGGAGUAUUUUCUCUUCCGCUGAUUUAAACCCUUCAUUUAUUUCUUCUUCUUUGCCUCGUUUUGCAGCCUCUCUGCCAGGCUCGGACACUAAAACUAGAGUUAAUUUUGCUCAAACUCAGCUUCAGACCUUUUUUUUUUUGUAGUUUAGUCCAUGUUGUUUUUUGUAAUGAACUUUCACACAGUGGACUUGUGGGGACAUUUUUAACCCCCUGAAAACCUAAAGGAUAAUCAGCAUAUUUCUUCAGCCACAUACAAAACUAAAAUCAUAAAAACAAACAAAAAAAAAAUCUCUUGAUCCACACUCAAACACUAACCCAACACUGCAGUUAGACGAGCUGAAACACUCAUCCUGGUGCCAUUUGUACCUAUCCAUGUGUUACUCUUGUAGAUGUCAGGCCAAACGGAUGUAUCUGUCACUGCUGUGACGUUCUGGAGUCUUUAUUUCCUCUGAGGGAUGUUGAACACUGGUGCCGGCAGACCUGCAGUCUCUCCUCAAGCUUUGGGGGGGCGUGGUUUCAAAGGGCGCAGUUUAAAAUCAGAUGUGGAAGAAAAAAAAACAAGGAAACUUCUUUUAUUUUAUUUAUUGUUUUUUUUUUGUGCAAAAAAAAAUCAUUUUUAAAGCAUAGAUGUGCUUUCUUUGCUUCUCAGAAAACUCAGUACUGUAAUACAAGAUGAGCGCUACAGUGGGGGAAGUAAGAGUUGUCCUCACCAAUUUGUUCAUGGAUGGCCGUGGAUUCAAAACAUGUAGAGGUGUAUUAAAAAUGGUGGGAGUAAUGCAUAUAUGCAAGUAUGGAAAGCCCCAAAGGACAAUCUUUAUUUAUUCAAGGGAAGAGUACAUUAAAAGCAAAGUGGUUAAGUUGGCA